CAUCAAGAUGUGGCUUCUAAUAGUUUGCUUUAUUUUCAUUUGCUCUAAAAUCGCCUCAGUUUCGCCACUUUGUGACGUCAAUUUUCCUAAAAAUAUUUCUGGAGUUGGCAUCCAGAGCUCAACCUUCAAUAACUUUACCUACUGCCAAUACCUUGGAGUUCCGUACGCAACAGCUCAACGAUUUCAAGAACCCGUUCUUCACCAACCAAGCGAUCGCGAAGACUACUCCCAACUGGGCAGCGUUUGUCCUCAAAUGAAUGACUUCAACUACCCCACUGCGAUUAUUGGCAGCGAGGACUGCUUGUUUUUGAACGUCUACACUCCAGAAGUUCUGAUCGGACAAUCGUUCCCAGUCCUCGUGUUCAUCCACGGAGGAAGCUUCACCAUUGGAUCCGCUACCUUCGACGUUGGAGGUGUCGAUUUGCUGAUGGAGAAUAAAAUCAUCGUCGUAACCAUGAACUACCGUCUGGACGUGCUGGGAUUCCUGCGCUAUCCAAAGUUCAACAUCACCGGAAAUUACGGCCUGAAAGAUCAGCACGCUGCCCUGAAGUGGAUCAACCGGUACAUCGAGUUCUUCGGGGGAGAUCCCAAUCGAGUCACUCUUAUGGGACAAAGUGCCGGUGCAUCCUCGGUCGGUUAUCACUUGUAUUCGGAUCGAUCAAUGGGACUCUUCCAACAGGCAGCUCUGCUAAGUGGAUCACUUCUUUCGCUGUGGGCUUACUCUUAUCGGGCGGAGUUCGUUGCUGAAGUUUACUUAAACAAUCUUGGAAUCACUUCACGCAAGCAGUUGGUUGAUCGAAACUUUAAAGAUUUGUUCUUCCUCAAUCGCACAUCAAAAUUUAUUGGUGGACGUUGGAUGCCUACUGCUGAAGCUGACGAUGAUCCAGAUCCCUUUCUAACAUCUACGCCCCAAGAGUUGGUUUUGAGAAAGCGUCCACUUGAUAUACCCCUACUGGUGGGUGUAACAUUGACUGAGUUUGAACUGAUGAGGAUUCCAAACGUUCAAAAACUCAACCUAGAUAAGUUCAAUGUGCCAAAUAGAUUCAACGAAACCGUCUGGAUUCUUAUCGACAAUUUCACGGAACGUAUAAUCGACUCAUUAAAAGGUGACGGACUCAUCAACAAGAGAGAAGACUUUAUAAGAAAAGCAGUAAAUGACAUCAAAACGAACUUUCCAGUUGAAAACUUUCUCAACGCAACAAUUUCAAAAGGACACUCCUUACCAAUCUACGCUUAUCGCUUCGAUUUCGAUGGCAAGUUUGGUCGCUACAAGAACGACCACUUCAAGCCGGGAAUAGAUAUCCGACGGUACGGGGCCGUUCAUGGUGAUGAUUUGAGCUACAUUUUCACCCCCUACAACGUGGAUGAUGCGCUGAAGAACAGAGAUGAGUUUCGGAAUGAGUGGUUCAUGUAUCAACAGAUGUCGGAAAUUGUGGCUAAUUUUGUAAAAUUUGGAAACCCAUCGCUGAAGGAUUUCGAUUGGAAAACUUACAAUGCUGAAACGGGACAGAAGCAGUUUGCACGAAUCGAUGGAAAUCUUGAGAUGAAAUCAAACUCCUUAAUGGAACCAAGUUAUUACAGUUUUUGUAAAAGUUUGUACGACUGUCUAUAUCUCUUCAACUGUUCGUCAAUGGAAUAACUUUAAAAUUGUAAGCUUAUUUACUAACUUUUAAUAAACUGUAUGUUUAAG